AUGGUCAGCCCGGCCUGCGAGCGCUCUCCCAGCGGCUCCAUCCCUAUCGCUUCGCUCAUCAACUCCGACAUGGACCAGUAUUAUCCCUCUGGCAGCCGUGACGAGGACCUUUCCGAUGCCGAUUCCGCGUACGGGGGCGACUCGCUGAUCGGGGAUGACACCAAGACUCUGUCCACCUACAUCACCGACUACCGGUACGAGUUUGGCCGUCGAUACCAUUCUUAUCGCGACGGCGCAUACUGGGGUCCAAACGAUGAAGUCGCAAAUGCCCAGCAGGACCUCGCCCACCACAUGUAUUUCCUCACGCUCGACGGUCGGCUGCACUUGGCCCCGAUCGAGAACCCCCAGGAUAUUCUCGACGUCGGCACAGGAACCGGGAUCUGGGCAAUAGACGCCGCCGACGAGUUCCUCAGCGCCCGCGUCACCGGCGUCGACCUCUCCCCCAUCCAACCCGCCUUCGUCCCCCCAAACUGCACCUUCGAAAUCGACGACAUCACUCUCCCCUGGACCUACCCCGAAAACCAAUUCGACUUUAUCCACGUCCGCGAGCUCUUCGGCUGCAUCCCCGACUGGGACGAGUUCUUCCGCAACUGCCUGCACUGCCUCAAGCCGGGCGGGUAUAUCGAAGUCGUCGAACACUCCGUCCAACCGGUCGCCGAUGACGACACGAUGGGCCCAGACCACUUCUAUCACGAAUGGGGGCAGGUAGUCGUCGAGUCGGGCGAAAGAUUCGGAAAGACAUUUAGAAUCUGGGAGGAGUCCGCAUCGCGACUGAAACGAACUGGUUUCGUGGAUGUCGUUGAGACGGGUUAUAAGUGGCCUAUGAAUGGAUGGAGCGCCGACCCAAAACUGCACGAGCUGGGCCGCUGGAACCAAUUUCGCCUCCACGGCGGUGUGGAGGGCUUCAUGCUGCGCCUGCUGACGUCCACACUAGGCUGGUCGUAUGAAAGCGCGCAGGUGCACCUCGCGCAGAUGCGGGCAUCGCUGCGAGAUUACCGCACCCACGCCUAUCUCCCGGGAACAGUGGUGUAUGCUCGGAAACCGGGCCUUCGGUGA